AUGGACGUUUUCAAAAUCGACCAGUCGCUGACCGCCGGUCUGGGCAGCGCCCCGGCGCCGGACACCCUUACGCCGGAAGUGUCGUUCGACGCCGGUAGCGAGUUCAAUCUGAGCUUCUUCGACGGACCGGAGGAGAACAGCACGCAGGGUUUCAGCGAUCCUGGAUCAGUUGGUAGCGCCAGCGCGUCACCGCCGCCAGGAACACCCGGCGGGAUAACCGUUAAUCCCCCAACGGCCGCCCUACCGAUUGUCCAAGUGCCCUCCGGCAUCGUCAUUAAGCAAGAACAACACUACGCGGCCGCCGAUUCGAACAGUUCGACGCCCGCGAAGAGUUUCGUGGCCUGUAGAGUUUGCGGUGACAAGGCGAGCGGUUAUCAUUACGGCGUAACCAGCUGCGAGGGUUGCAAAGGCUUCUUCAGGAGGAGCAUUCAGAAGCAAAUAGAGUACAGGUGCCUGAGGGACGGCAAGUGUCUGGUGAUCAGAUUGAAUCGGAACCGUUGCCAGUACUGCAGAUUUAAGAAGUGCCUAGCCGUCGGCAUGUCCAGGGACUCCGUGCGAUACGGCAGGGUGCCGAAACGUUCGAGGGAGCGUGGCCCCGAAGACACUGUACCGACCACCACCACCACGACGACAACGACCACUGGUGUCCAACAGCUAACCUCUCCCGGUUCCGGCAACAAUAACAACAAUAACAACAACAAUAACAACAACACCACAAGCCAGAACAAUAACAACAACAACAACAGCCAGAGCCAGAACACCAUAGCAUGCGUGCCACCGGCCGCGGUGGUGGAGGCGGAUCAAUCGGACGCUGACGUGAAACAGUUGGCGGUGUACGACGUGAUACUGCAAGUGUCACAAGCCCAUCACGCUCACUGCGGCUUCACCGAGGAAUCGACGAGGGGCAUCGUUCGGAAACCGAUGAUAAUACCGCCGGCAAGUCCCGAGGACCCAGAGGCCGCCUCUUCGACGGCCGAGACGGUCGAGUCCCAGAGGAUCUGGCUUUGGCAACAAUUCGCUACCAGGGUCACGCCGUCGGUGCAAAGGGUGGUGGAGUUUGCGAAAAGGGUGCCAGGAUUUUGCGAUCUUUCGCAGGACGAUCAGCUGAUCCUGAUCAAAGUCGGUUUCUUCGAGGUCUGGCUCAGCCAUAUCUCGAAGAUGACCACUGACAGCUCGAUGACAUUCGAGGACGGUACUUACAUCACCAGGCAACAAAUGGAAUUGAUGUACGAGCCAGACUUUGUGUCCGCCUUGAUGCAAUUCACGUCUGCCCUGAACGGCCACCAACUCUCGGACACCGAGUUGGGCCUCUUCUCCGGGGCUGUUCUUCUCGGCGAAAGACCCGGCCUGAACGACGUCAAAGCGGUGCAGAGGCUUCAGGAUCGUCUCCUGGAGGCACUAAAGGUGCAAGCGUUACGGAAUCACACGGUCCCGGGCGAGACCACAUCCGGGGGCGGAUGUUCGAACGUCUCGAGCGUCUCGCAGAGGAUACCGGAACUGAGGGCCCUAGGGGCCAGACACGCGAGUCUGCUGGACUGGUUCAGGAGGAACUGGACGAAGCUCAAACUACCGCCCCUCUUCGCCGAGAUAUUCGACAUUCCCAAGUGCGAGGAGGAUCUUCAGUGA